AUGGAAGGAGUGUUAUUCGUAUUGCAUCCAGAUUAUGACACAAAGGAGAUGUUAAUCAUCCAUGGAGGCACGGCGGGCCACACCAACCUUGCAAGAAAGCCGUAUCGGAAUGCCAUAUCGGAAUGCCGGAUCGGAAUGCCGGAUCGAAUGCUGGAUCAGAAUAAUGGGACCG